AUGCUCACUCUCCUCAAUCUCUUGAUUGAUCUCUUCACCCUCUUCUUCACUUGGGGAGUCAUCAUUCUCCUCAUGUGGGAUGUUCACCCCAAUUUCAAACUCUCCUGCUUCGCUCUCACUGCUGAGAGGAUCAUUCCUUCUUUUGGUUCUCCUUUCUUCCCUCACCCUCUCAACCUCUUCUAUGUCCUCCUUGGAGGAUCUCUGAAUACGAUAAAGAGAACGGUAAAGUACCUAUGCCCAGCAGAGAUAAUCCCACCAUAUAUAGAAGUAGAUCUCAGCGAACUGGACGUUGGACAAAAGCUAGCAACGGGAGACCUCAAGGUUCAUCCGGCGCUAACGCUUUUACUGGGCAAAGACGAACCUGUUGUUAAGAUCGCCGGAGGACGUGUCACUGACCAAAAGAAAUAA